CAUUAAUCAAGAGAAGCAAAAGAACUCUAUACCUUGACUGGAUCAACUCAACCGAAUGAGAUUUAACUCAAUCAUAAGAGCCGGUGCUCGAGCAACAACCAAAGCCAACAAAAAGCCAACCAAACCACGAACCAAAACACUAAAACCUUCAACAAGUAUAUCUGCUACCAGUCUAGAGAACUCACCACUUUUUGGAAUAGAAGAAACAGAACCAGAAGCGAAUGAAGAAUCGAAUGAUUUUACUGGUCGUGUGCAUUCAGAAUCAUACUCAGCAGAAAAUUUAACAGCCGCAUUCGAUUCAUUAUUAACCAACAAAGCACAAACUUCUUCAAAUCCGAUUCCAACAACCACAACAAACGAAAAAGAUUUAUCAAAACCAUUUUCAAGAAAUGAUAAUACACCUCAAACCGAAUUCCUAAACCACAUUCAAACAUCAACUCUUUCAACCAUAGAAUCAUACAGAACCUCAAUUCUAAAUUCCCUAAAACUAGACGAUCAACACGGCAGGAUCUACAGUAAGAAUGUAAGACAAAUGAAAGAAAUUUUAGGAUUUGAAAAAUGGAGAAAGAAACUAGAUCUUUUAAAUCAAAUCGAUCAUCAAGAUCGAUCAAUCGAAAAGAAAAAGAAAUCAAAACCAGAAAGACAUCCGAUCACAAGAGUCUUAUUACCACCUGGUUCAUUAUCCGUUCGAAAAGCUUUAUUUGAUAGACCUAGUUUAUCAGAUCAAGAUUUAACGUUUAAAGUUUUGAAAGAUCUUUGGAAAUUAGAUAAAUUAGUCGAUGCUACGGUUGUGGUAGCUUAUUCAGGUGAGCUUUUGGUUCAAAAAAACCCAUUUGGAAUUUCAUCAAAUGAUUUUUGCUUUAAUGUUUCAUAG